AUGGCGUCUAGCUGCUGCGGCAAGAGGCCCAGACCAGCCGUCCCCUUGCUGCUGCUGGCGCUGCUUGUCGUCUCGUGCGCGUUGUCGGUGUCAGCCAGCGGCGGCGGCGGCAGGGGCAACGGCACACGGACGGCGGAGUUCCGUUCCGGGGACGAGCUGCGAGCCUACCGGAGCAUCGUGGCACGGAUGGACAAGAUGAAGAAAGCCUCCGUCAAGACCAUUCAGAGCGCCGACGGCGACAUCAUCCACUGCGUGCCGGCGCACCUCCAGCCGGCGUUUGACCACCCAACGUUGAGAGGCCAAAAGCCAGAGGCUGAGCCGGAGGAGAGGCCAAAGAUCAGCGCCGACGCCGCCGAGGAAGAAGGGGACGCCGUGUUCCCGCAGGCGUGGAGCGACGGCGGCGAGUCGUGCCCGGGCGGGACGGUCCCGAUACGGCGGACCACGGAGAGCGACCUGCGGCGGUACACCGGCUCCCUCCGGCGGUACGGGAUGAAGCCCCGCGCCGCCGGCGUCCGCCGCGACUCCACCAGCGACGGCCACGAGGUGAGCCCUCAGUUGUAUGGCGACAACAGCCCACGCUUCUUCACCUACUGGACGAGCGACGCGUACCAGGCGACGGGGUGCUACAACCUGCACUGCUCGGGGUUCGUGCAGACCAACCGGCGGAUCGCCAUCGGGGCCGCCAUCUCGCCGGCGUCGGCCUACAACGGCCGCCAGUUCGACAUCAGCCUGCUCAUCUGGAAGGACCCGCGCCGGGGCCACUGGUGGCUGCAGCUGGGGUCAGGCCCGCUGGUGGGCUACUGGCCCUCCUCCCUCUUCUCCCACCUCGGCGGCCACGCCAACAUGGUGCAGUUCGGCGGCGAGGUCGUCAACACGCGCCCCUCGGGCUCGCACACGCCCACGCAGAUGGGGAGCGGCCACUUCCCGCGCGAGGGAUUCAACCGCGCCGCCUACUUCCGCAACGUCCAGGUGGUCGACUGGGACAACAACCUCCUCCCGGCAAGGGACCUCCGGCUCGUCGCCGACCACCCGGCAUGCUACGGCAUCCAGGGCGGGUACAACCGCGCCUGGGGCAACUACUUCUACUACGGCGGGCCGGGCCGGAACGUGCACUGCCCCUAG